CAAGAUGGCAGCACAGCACUCAAUCUUAAACACUUAGAAGGGAAACACUGCUGAGUUUGUCCCGGGCAGGAAAAAUGCAUCGAGGCUUGUGCGUGUUGGCGGUGGUGAUGGUGGCGGUGUGUGUCGGUCACGUGGAUGGCACCUGCACGACUUUCUGCACACACCCUCUCGGACCCGAAGAGGGCUACUACAUAUGCUGUGACCGACACCCAGGGAAGUGUCCAGCUGAGCCAGAAUGUGACACGUUCAGCGAUCCUUGUCACUACGAUCCAGACUGCCAGCCACACCAGAAGUGCUGCCGUAAUUCCUGUGGCGGGAACAGGUGCACCAACGUUUGAUGUCACCACCACUACCACCACCACCACCACCACCACCACUCUGACCGUAAAAAGAACCUCGGCCUGUUGCUGACUGUUGUUCAUUGAGGUUUUCAGAGAAUUGUGAAGUACAAAAAAAAAUAAAAUAUAAUAAAUAAAUAAAAA